GUGCAUGCACAGCCUUAUCCUUUGUAAAAUGGGCAUCCCACUCGUGGAUUUUAGUGCCUACAGUCUGAGCAAGAAGGAUGUUCCUGAUGAGGAGCUGCAGGUUUUGAUCAAAGAGCUGAAAACUGCUUUUAUGGAAGUUGGUUUUGUUUAUCUGAAGAACACUGGGAUCACUCAGGAGGAGGUGGAUAACGUGAUGAAGAUAUCCAUGGAAUUCUUUCUGCAGCCAGAUGAGCUGAAAAAACCCUUCAGGAGGACAUAUUUUGACAAACAGCCAAACCACGGCUGGGUGCCCAUAGAGGCAGAACGGUUGAAUCCACAGCGACCUGAAGACUUCAAGGAGUUGUUCAAUGUUUCAUCACUUCACCCUGAUGUUAAAUGGCCAUCAGCUGGUGCUCUUGCAGGGUUCCAGGAGAUUCAGACGUCUUACUUCAAUCGCUGUAAAGACCUGAGUCUUCGAGUGCUGAGGUUAAUGGCCCUCAGUCUGGGAAUAGACCCAGAGGUGUUCCUUGGUGCACACCGGUUAAUAGGAACUAAUGGAAACAGUACAACACUGCGCUCACUGUACUACCCACCUGUGAGCAGCGAGCAGAUGAAAGCCAACCAGCUGAGAUGUGGGGAGCAUGCUGAUUAUGGCAGCAUCACCUUGUUGGUCCAGAGCCCUGAGGGAGGCCUGCAGGUCCGAGACCGUUCGGGGAAAUAUGUCCAUGUUCCCACCAUCCCUGGAGCCAUCCUUGUCAACAUCGCUGACCUGAUGCAGCGCUGGACCAGUGACCAGUUUGUUUCCACACUCCACAGAGUAUUGCUCCCCCCUUCUGGAGACUUUGGAACACGUCAGUCAGUGGCUUUCUUUGUGCAUCCGGAUGAUGAAGCCCUGAUAACCUGCUGUGAUGGGUCCAAUAAAUAUCCUCCUAUCACAUCCUAUGACCAUCUGAUGGGGCGCUUCCAACAGAGCUUCUCGAACAUACCUGAAUACACAAACUGAUUCAGCUGUUUUAUCUCAGAAAUAUACUGCAAUGUUGAACUAAAAAUGCAGGUUUAGAUAACAGUUUAAAGCCCUACCAGGAAUGUAUUUGAUUAGAAUGU